UCACACUUGCCCAUCCCGGGGUCCGCGCGCACUCCCGACUCAGAACCCGUCGAAUUUUAAUAUCAUUCCGUUUAAGAAGACCGUACGCGAGACAUUUGUAUACAUAAAACUCUAGUGUAAAUUGUGUACGUAUACCACCAGACCACACUGUUUGUAUAUAACGGGCGUAAAUAUACAAUAACGUGUGUGUAUGUGUAUCAAAUAAAGAUCGGAUUGUUUAUAGUUUAUAUGAUUCCGAUGUAAAUGUUUUGAAAAGAAUGAUGAAGGAGUUAGGCGAGCCCGGCGUGGUCGGACAGUCAGCCGCGAACGCGAUCACCAUCCAGCAGCACCUGAGUCAGCUACAGCAGCUGCACCAUCCCAGCGUCAUCAGUUUAAAUGAAUCCGUUACGUCAGCACAUCAGCAGAACGUUUCCCCCACGGAGAGCACCACCUCGGAGGACCAAAAACCGUCCUCGACAGACAAGAAGAGCGGAGUGAGGAGGCAAGAGAAACCCCCGUACUCUUACAUAGCACUCAUCGUAAUGGCCAUACAACAUUCGCCCACCAAGAGGCUCACCCUAAGUGAAAUCUACUCCUUCUUGCAGCAAAGAUUCCCGUUCUUCCGAGGGAGUUACCAAGGAUGGAAAAACUCGGUGCGUCACAACUUAUCGUUGAACGAGUGCUUCAUUAAGCUCCCCAAAGGUUUGGGACGUCCCGGCAAGGGACACUAUUGGACAAUCGAUCCUGCCAGUGAGUUUAUGUUCGAAGAAGGAUCGUUCAGGAGACGCCCGAGGGGUUUUAGGCGGAAAUGUCAAGCGAUGAAACCGCAGUACCAUCCCGGGACGUUUUUCGCCAACAACAUGUCCUCGAUGGUGAACCAGGCGGCCGGAUACGACCACCAGUUGGUGCAGACUCAAGAUUUUUCCACUUGUUCGUAUAAUACCGCUGCCUCCCAAGUGUCUUCGGUGAGCGGUGGUCCUUAUGGUAACUACGAGUACCCCGCGGUGUAUCAGCAACAAUGUGAAAGGGAUUACGGGGCUCCGAAUCCGGGAUUUUUACCGUCGCCUUAUGGGGACUCCGGUGGGAUCUCGAGUAGUUACAUGAAAGCGCCCUUGAGCCCUAUGCCGGAGAAUCAGGACACGCCGCCCCCCGCUGUGGAUAACUAUUAUCAGUAUGGGGUUAUUUCGACGUCUACCGACAAUUUGAUGCGUCCAUCGAGUAACGGCAUGCAAACGAGCCAAUGUGAUAGGAAACCGUACGUGAUGCCCUCGCCGCCCCAUUCGACGACCAUGCCUGCCUCUCUACCCUCACCCCCGUCAUCCAACACCCCGCAUACUUACUACGACGCCCCCGUAAAGUAUAAUAUGUGAUUUAGUUUAAUUUACCGGGGGGAUUUUAAAAAGAAACAGGAUUAUUUGGUUGAUUUGUCCCUUAUGCGCAUCGAUCCAUUUAUAGAAGAACAUUAUAAGUCAAAAAUGAAUAGCUGUCAGAAUAACGGUUUAAAGAUUAAUGUUUUAUUAACUUUUUUGUAUUGCAGGCCAAUUAAAGGCCUCAAAGUAUUAACAGGUGAUAAGAACUCCUAAAUUAUCAAACAAAAAUUAAUUAUCAACCUAGAAAACUUUAAGAAAAUCGAAACAAUAAAAACAAAAUAAAAAACAUUAUAUUGUAAAUAACUGGAAGACGUGAAAAAUGAUUCCAAAUGCCUGGAAUAAAACCAGAUUUUACUCCAAAUACCUGGAAUAUUAUGAAAAUCUGGAGAAUUUUAUAAGUUUAAAAAGGUUUUUACAAAAAACUAAUAUUAAUUGUGAUACAUCGUUAAAAAAGUAAUUUCAUAAAAUAAGUAUAGAUUAAAAAACACAAGAGUUGAUGAUGAUUGGCUUAAAAGUUACAAUGAUCAUAUAAUAUUAUAAAAAUACUUAAUUUGUAACCAGUUUAGUUAGGCUACACACUAAUGCCUUCUGUCGGUAAUGUCAUAAUGUGACGAUCUAUAUCACAUAAAUUAUAUUAUGAAUUGUUUAUUGUAUAAUAUAUCUAUAAAGUGCAAUUUUUUGAGUGAUGACUUUCUUCUAUAAAUGGAGCGAUAUUUAUUUAUAAAUAUAUAAUUUAAGAUGUAUCAUAGUAGUUACGUUAUUUAUGUAUGUACUGUAGAUACAGCAGAUUAGGUGGGUCAAAAAGUCUUUAUAUUGUGUUUUUUUAAAUUGGACUUUUUGCACUGGCUUGUAUAUUAAUAUUUGUUAAUGGAUGCUCUUGAUGGCCACUGGGUCAUUAUUAUAUAAAUAUGUUUAGUUCUUUAAAUUUAAUUAAAUUUAAAGUCGUACAGCUACCUAAGCCAAAUCUCUGUAAAUAUAUUAUUUGUGCGGGAUAAAUUAUAUCGCAAGAAAUGCCCUUUUUAUAUGUAGAAAUAUAAAUUAUUAUUUUUUGACUUAAUAAUUAAAUAAGCAUUAUUCGUAGUAGA